UCCUAGAUUCCAUUUCCAGAAUUCACAAACAUCAUCGUCCAGCUCAGACACGAAAAAAGCCCUAAUUUUCCCGAAUUUUCCUGCGCUUUGUCCAUUCUCUUGCGCGACUUGGUUCUUGGCUUUAGCUUUCUCUUUCGAUUGAUGAGCUUUUAGGUCCCGGUGGCCGGCGCUUUCGCCGGAUUGAGCUCUCAAACGCCCGAAUUCGUGCUCAGGCAUGUCCGGUGGUGGUGGUGGUGGUGAGCUGGGCGGAGUGUUUGAGGAUUGAGGUGUGGGGAGGUGGAUGAAGCUGACGCUGGAGCUUUUAUGGCGUUGCCCAGGAAAGUUUUGUUGAAGAAGGUGAGCAAGCUUGAGUCCAAGGAGCUGCAGAAGUAUAAAAUCGAUCUGUCGUGUCUUCCAAAUUUUGAUAAGCUCCUCGAUGAUGUUUAUGUUGUGCGGCGUCCUACAGAGACUGAGUUUUUCAAUAGAAGAGAUUUGAUUCGCAUCUUCAAUGCUAUAGCGAAGGAGAUAUAUGGUAACUCAAGUGAAUGCCCCACUGUGGUGGGAUUUGGCUCAUUUGUGAUGGAUAUGUACAACACAGGAAGCGAUCUCGACUUGUCCAUCAACUUUGGAAAUCCUUCUGUUCAGUUUCCUCGAGAAAAGAAGAUACAAACUCUCAGAAAGUUUGCAAAAAAGUUUUAUUCUCUUCAAAGGAAGGGGCAUGUUACUAGCAUCCAGACUAUCAUGAGUGCGAGGGUGCCAAUUGUGAAAGUUAUUGAUUAUGGGACAAGAAUAGAAUGUGAUCUUUCAGUUGAGAAUUGGGAUGGUAUUCUGAAGUCACAGCUUGUCCAUGUCAUUUCUGCGAUUGAUGACAGGUUUCAGAAGCUAAGUUUUCUGAUGAAAUCUUGGGCUAAAGCAAAUGGUAUUAACAGUUCCAAGGAUCGAACUCUAAAUUCUCUGUCCAUAAUAUCAUUAGUUGCCUUCCACUUGCAGACUCGCCAACCUCCUAUAUUGCCUCCAUUUUCUGUGCUCUUUAAAGACGGAACUGAUCCUGCAAAUGUAAGGAAGAAUGUUGAUUCUUUUUUGAACUAUGGAAAAGCUAAUGAAGAAUCAUUGGCUCUACUCUUUGUGACACUCCUGAUAAAGCUAGCAUCAGUGGAGAAACUUUGGCAGAAAGGCCUUUGUGCCAGCGUGUAUGAAGGAUCGUGGACCUCAAAAACUUGGGAUUCUCGUUGUGGCUCGAUAAGUGUUGAGGAUUUCACGGAAAGGUCUGAAAAUGUUUCAAGGGCAGUAGGAGUGGAAGAAGUCAAGAAAAUUUAUGACUGCAUCCAUCGUUCAAUUAUUGGCCUCCUUUUCUUUUUGGAUGGGAAGAUGCCAGCGCCGGAGCUAAAAGAAUUAUUAUUUGGUUCAGUUGAUGCACCCGCUCUAAAGGGUACAGAUAAAAAUGAAGCCACAACAUCGAAUUCUCCAAUUGUCCAUCACUCUGAUCAAAAUAAGAAGAUGCGAUUGAGUCAUAAUUCUGAGGAAACACAUGUCAAGAAUCAACAAGGACAACAAACGACCCGAGAAUGGGCCCCUUCGUGUUGUAUAAACAACCAAAGAGCACAAAUUAGUGGUUGGAGUGGACCGGAGAAUGGCCAGAAUUGGCAACAUGUGGCACCUCAGCCAGUUUCUGAUCAACAUCCACUUGAUUCAAAUUGGGAUGGUAAGAUCACUCAUCUCAUUUCUCCUCCAGUGCUUGACCCUGCAGCUGUUGCAGAGUGGUGUAAUCAAGCACUAUCACAACCUGUUGUUUCUCCUUAUAACUCCCUCAGCUAUGAAGCAUCUUGAGCUCAACCACCCUCAUCCAAUGUCUUGCCCUGGCCAAGCACAGACUCGGGCCAGCGACAACCUUUACACAGGUAGCAUCAUACGCUUUUUCACACCCAUUUCAGGUGAAUGUAAUGCUAGUUUGCUUAAAUAGCUGCCAUUCAUUGAUAGUUUCGGAAGAAUGCUUUGUAAAGGCAUCCUGUACAGUACACAGUGACACAAUCCUGGCUAGACUUCUUUUCCCAGCUUAACUGCUGGCUAAUUAAGUGGGAGAAUUUCAUGUUGCCGGUUUGUUUAUAUAUUCUUCAAGAGCAUGACAUCACAUCUGUUGGUAGUCCACCUCUCUCAAUUGCCAACUCACAAGUAAUGUGAAUCAGAUUAUCCAUCACUUGAUAAUUGGGGUAGGCGGACCACUAAGGGCUGUGACCUGCUUCUGCUGUAUAUCGAAUAAUGGUUCAUAGGUAGAUUUUCUUGCCUUGUAUAAAUUGGAAGAAACGUUGUUACAAAAGCAUUUGGUUCAUCAGAAGGAACAAUUAUUGUAUUUGCUCUUACUCUUGUGAUAUUCCAUGUAUCUUUUGCGGUUA